AUGUCAUCAAUAAAUAAGAAAGCUGUAGUUAUAGAUAAUGGAUCUGGUUUCACUAAAGUAGGAUUCUCAGGCGGUAAUGCACCACACACUAUAAUGCCAACGAUUGUAGGUCGAUCGAAAUACUCUAAUGAUACAUACGUUGGAAAUGAAGCACAGCUCAAACGAGAUAUUCUAAACUUGAGCAAUCCAAUGCAAUACGGUUAUAUCAACAACUGGGAUAGUAUGCAAAAGAUAUGGAAUCAUACAUUCGCCGAUAUUCUCAAAGUGGAGCCAGAGGAACAACCGGUUCUCUUGACAGAGCCACCUCAGAAUCCAAAGGGAAACCGUGAAAAGUUGGCUCAGAUAAUGUUUGAAUCAUUCAAAACACCGGCGUUGUAUUUAUCGGUUCAACAGGUGUUGGCGUUAUACUCCAGUGGCCACAACACCGGACUUGUAAUGGAUAGUGGUGACGGUGUAACCUAUACCGUUCCAGUGUAUGAGGGUACGCCUGUUUCCAAUAAAAUUGUUCGUCAAGAAUAUGGAGGUCGCCAUCUCACUAAUUACAUGUCACAGCUAUUGUCAGACUCUGGAGUUACAUUUGAGAACAACAUUGUCAAGGAACAGGUUGCUCGUGACAUCAAAGAGAAAUUAAGUUUUGUUUCAAUGGAUUUCCAGAAUGAAGAUAUGGAAGAUAAAUCAUAUACUAUGCCCGAUGGACAAAUAAUAGGUAUCAAGCACCAGCGUUCCAUUUGUCCAGAAGCAUUGUUUGAUCCAUCGAUGUUGGAUGUUCCAUUCCAAGGCAUUCACCAAACCAUACACAAAUCCUAUAUGGCAUGUGACAUUGAUAUUCGUGGUGAAAUAUCUAAUACAAUCAUGCUGUCAGGUGGCAACACAAUGUUCCCCGGAAUCAAAGAACGUUUAUCUAAGGAGCUGACAAAUCUCUCUACUGUCAAAAGUAUCAAAGUGAUGGCACUACCAGAACGUCAAAAUGCUGUAUGGAUUGGAGGUUCCAUAAUGGCUUCUCUAUCGACCUUCCAAUCAAUGUGGAUCACAAAAGAGGAAUAUUUAGAAAGUGGUGCAUCUGUUCUCCAAAGAUUAUUCUAA